AUGUGGCAUAAGAAGGAGAAGAAGAACCGUCGUAGUCGCAGCAAGGAGCGCAGCAGUAGCAGCCGCAAGCACAAGAAGGACAAAGACAAGGACAAGGAGAGAGAGAAGGAGAAGGACAAGGAGAGGGACAGAUCCUCUGAGAGAAAGAGCAAAGAUGAGGAGCCCUCCAAGAGUGGCAAACCUUCUAAGGUGAAGCGGGAUUAUGAUGAGGAAGAGAAGGGGUUUAACAGUGAUAAGGAAGAGGGUGAUGCUGGUGGGGAAGAGAAGGGGAAAGGGUAUGAUGCAGAUGCAGACAUACAGAAUGUAGACAUGGACAUGGAUUCCGAUUAAAGAGGUCAAUCCACUUGACUGAUGAGAAAUGAAAGCAUAUCUCAAAGCAUAUUUUUUAGGGUGUAUUUUAGGGAUUAUUCUUGCACAAGUCUGCAAAAUUGAAGGAUGAAAAUUGACUUGUGGUAAAGAAUUACUUUGAGUAGUUAGAACAAUGUCAAUAUAGGAUGGGGUAAAAAAAUAAGCAAAUUUGGUUACAGAUUGAAGUAUGGAGCAAAAAUGAUAAGGCUUUAAUCCUAGUCUUAAUUAAGAAUACAGUGCACAGUAUGCUCACUUCACCUGCAGAGGAUUAGCAUCAAACCAGGGGGGGCAUAUGAAAUGGAUAGUAAUCUUUCACUGAUAGCCAUUUUAAGCUACUGAAAUAGAUCGGAUGGGCAUUUAAUGACCAGCGCAAGUCUCUGACCGUUACCACAGUAACAGUCAGACCAAUGAUUCCUACUAGCUGCAUGUAAUGUGGUGGACUCUAAAAUAUAGAGCUUAGUGAUUGAUAGAGAGCAUAUUUCUAUGAUUGAUUGCAAUGAUUAGUCAUUAAAAUCAAUCCCAUGAUAUAUCACUAAGCUUAUGUUAUAGAGCCCUGAUCUGAUUUUGUUGAAAUAAGAGGAUGAAAUAAAUCUUUAACUGUUAUGUUAUGUUAUGUUAUACCGAGGUUUUUACCUGACUGCUAAGAAAGCACGAAUGCCUGUGAGAAAGCAACCAGGGGACCGACGGCUUAAGGUCAUCUCCGAGGGACCUGGUAAUGAGGAUAAAUGCCUUACCAAAGGGCACUAGCGCACCACUUGGGAAUCGAACCCGGGUCACCGGAAUCCGAAACCCCCGCUCUACCGACUGAGCUAUCGUGCCUCCCUUAACUGCUCUAUCUGUAAAGAAUCAGGUAAAUUAAGAGGAGGCAAGAAAGUGCUUUAUCAGGCAAAAACAUUAGGUUAGGGAUGUAUGCAAUCCAAAAGGUUUUUGAAAUCGUGAUUCGCACAUUUCAUCAGUGAAUUUUGUGAAACUCUCCCUUGUUUUGUACAAGAAUAUAAGAAGUAAAAACUGUAUAUUUUGGUAGUCAUUUUUCUUUUUUGAAAGCAGAGAAACCAAUCAAUUUGUUUUUCCAGCUUUACUGCUUUGUCUAAGUGACAUAAUAAACAUGUAUGUUUCUUAUACCCAUAUUAAGUGGUUUCUGUCUUGUUGGAGGAAAUGCUUGGUCUUUAAUAAUUUCAUCAUUUUCUUUUUGUGAAGCUGUAUAUUUGCGAGGACAAAUUUAUAAUGUGACAUAAAGUGACGAUUUGCAACAUAACCCUAAUUUUCUGAACAAAAUAAAUGUAGUCGGUUUCUCUUUGCUCUUUGAUAAAAAGCAAAUGUGUGAUGCAACUUCUGUUUAAUUAAGUGCGAAAAUGCUGAAAGCCAUUCUAAAUUUUAAGAAUUGAAAGAAGAGUAAUCAUUAAAUAAAAAUCCUGAACCUCAAGUACAUGUUUUGCUCUAUAGACCCUUUUCUAAAUCUUUGUAGUAUUACACCUAGUAAUGAUCUGUGUACUUAUUUUUUAUCCAUGAUGCUCGUUCUAACAAAUGGCAUUUGUUCACCGGUUAUGUUUCCUUAUAAAUAAUAAACUUUUGAGAAAAAAAAUUGUUUAUGUGUGUUAAUUGUUCAAUUUUCUUUCUUUUUCUAAUUGUAAUUAAAUUCACAUAAGUGGCUCAGAAAAAUAAUAUUUUGGGAAUCAAGAAAAUUUUUUUGCUUGUAAAGGAUAAUUUGCUUUGUUAUGAAACUCUGAAUGGGACUUUGAAAAUGUACUCGCUUCAAUGGGCUAUUUAUCAAAUUUUAGGCAAUAAUUAGAGUUGUCAUAUUUUUCCGGUCGUUUAAAAUUAAGCAAUGGUUUGAUUGAAUAGGCAGUGGUUACGGACACCUGUUUUUUAUACAAGUAGUUUAGCUUAGUAUUUCAAAUGCCUUUUGUUACAAGAAUCCUCAUUUAUGACAUUCACUGAACAAUCAUUGAAUAUCCAUUACUAUAUUUCUAGGAUUUUAAAUUAAGAUCUGUAACAGCAGAGGGAAAGACGGAAGAGGGAGAGGAAAUUGCAGGGUUCCCAGCUUUUCAAGAAAACAAAAUUCCCUGAAGAAAUUAAAAAAUUCACUGAUAAUUAUUUAAACACAUUCCCAGUUUUGCAUGUUUUCUAAGUUGUAAAAAAAAACAAAAAAACACCAUAACCAGUAGUUCAAUGGAUUUUGUUUUGAUAUGCUACAAAAUAUAACGAGUCUGAUUGACUACCGUGCUUUCGAGUAAUAGGCCGAUCAAAAUUCCAUGACUUUUCCCUCAUUUGA